AUGCAUUCUGCUACCGCAUCAGAGCCGAUCGCCAUCAUCGGCAUGUCCAGUCGGUUCGCGGGAGAUGCAACUGAUACAGAGAAAUUGUGGGACGUCUUGCUGAAAGGGCGGCCGUCCCCGUCCCCAUUUCUGAACGACAAGCAUUAUCAUCCCGAUCAAUCUCGUCAAGGAGCAAUACAUGCAAAAGCGGCCUACUUCAUCAAAGAUGACACGAAAGCAUUUGACAGCGCUUUCUUUGGGUUGACAAAAAAGGAAGUGCUUUCAAUGGAUCCACAGCAACGGAUGCUGUUGGAGUCUACAUACCAUGCCCUUGAGAACUCGGGUAUACCACUAGAGCAGGCGAUUGGGACCAACACAUCUGUUUUUGUUGGCCAAUGCGGAGAAGACUUUGCCGCUAUGUGUAACUCAGAUAUGGAAUUGGCUCCUACAUAUAAAGAAACAGGAGUGGAACGAUCAAUUCGAGCAAAUCGUAUAAGUUGGUUUUACGAUUUCAAAGGAGCCAGCUAUGUUGUUGACACCGCGUGUUCCAGUAGCCUUGUCGCUCUAUAUACUGGCUGCCAAGAUCUCCUUUUACAUGACUCCGAAAUGGCAGUUGUUAGUGGAAUCACCUUGAUAGAUCAUCCAUCUCAGUUUAUGGGGCUAGACAAACUAGGCGCUAUAGGUUCGGAUGGAUAUUGCUACACUUUUGAUUCGAGGGCAAACGGCUAUGCCCGGGGUGAAGGCGUGGGCACAAUACUUUUAAAACGACUUUCGGACGCAAUUCGCGACGGGAACAUUAUUAGAGCUGUCAUUCGAUCAUCUAGCGCAAGCUCAAAUGGGAGGACACCUGGGAUUUUCAAUCCCUCAUUCGAGGCACAGACAGCUCUUAUCCGCUCUACAUAUAAUAAAGCAGGGUUGGAUCCAGGUCGUACACGCUUUGUCGAAGCUCAUGGUACCGGAACAAAAGCAGGUGAUGCAACUGAAGCUAAGGCCUUAUCCACUGCUUUCGAAACCGCAAAGAGAAAUGCGCCACUUAUUGUUGGCGCAGUAAAGACGAUACUGGGUCACACCGAAGGUGCAGCAGGAAUCCUUAGCGUUAUCAAAGUGGUCAAGAUGCUAGAGACAGGAAUUAUUCCGAAGAAUCAUAACUUCGUCAAAGUGAAUCCAGAAAUUGAUGCUGAGAAGCUAAACAUUCGAUUUCCCAUUCAGACAAUGAAGUGGCCGUCCAAGGGUAUUCGCAGAGCUUCAAUAAACUCUUUUGGAUUCGGAGGUGCAAAUGCACACGCAGUCAUUGAUGACACGUUAUCUUACAUCACCGAACACAAUCUCCAUGCAAUCCAUCAAACAGUAGCUUUGGAAGAAACUCAAAAGAUGGACGAUGAGAACAGCUUAGUUCAAAUCGCAAAUGGACUGAACGGCCACAUGGUAGCUCAACAUAAUGGCCAUGCGGUGGCGCAGACAAACGGCCAUUCAGAAAAUCAAACGAAGGACCAUAUGGUAACUCAAUCAAAUGGCCAUGCGGAACUUCAGAUAAAUAUCCGAUCAGACAAUUGUCCCAACGGUGCUUCAAGUGAGAAAAAAUCCAGUAAUUUUGAAGUCAACGAUGCCAUCAGGAAGCGUCUUUUUGUCUUCUCAACUUUCGAUAAAAAGGGCCUUUCAAGAACUGCCGAAACCUACCGAGAAUGGCUACAGAUCUCUUUGCCCCAGAGGUCACAAAACCCUGAUUAUGUUAGGAGGCUAGCUUUUACUUUGAGUCACCACCGUUCUAAGUUCAACUGGCGGAGCUAUGUUGCUGCUGGCAACCUCGAAGAACUUCUGGAUAAAAUGGCAUCUCUCACUACAUUAAUUGCAAAGAGUCAAACCCCUAAUUUAGCGCUUAUCUUCACUGGACAAGGAGCUCAGUGGGAUGGCAUGAUCGGAGCUCUCAGUCAGUUUACCGUGUAUAGAAGGAGCAUUGAGGACGCCGCUGCAUACUUCACUGAAUUAGGAUGUCCAUGGGAUUUGACUGAAUUGUUAGAUCAUCGAGUAACACUGGACAGGGACGACUUGGCUCUCAAUCUCCCGUUGGUCACAGUCCUUCAAGUUGCAAUCGUGGACCUACUCUACAGCUGGGAUAUUAAGCCACGUUGUGUUGUAGGUCAUUCAUCGGGUGAGGUGGCCGCUGCCUAUGCAUCUGGCAAGAUCGGAAGAAAGGCAGCCUGGAAGACGGCUUAUUUCCGGGGUAUUGUAGCCGCAAAAAUAUCCGGUCAAGACGGCGGAAUGUUAGCUGUGGCCCUUUCACCUGAAAGAGCCAAAGAAUAUAUUCGGGACUAUGAAAACGCAGGAAAAUUGACUAUUGCCUGUUACAACUCCCCAUCAAAUCAAACUUUAUCCGGGGAUGUCGAUGCUAUUGAUGCUCUCAAGGCCAUCUUGGACGAAGAAAAGAUUUUUGCUCGAAAAUUGAACGUAUCCAAUGCUUACCAUUCCUCUCACAUGGUCGCCGGAGCGGAAGAGUAUACCCGUCUCCUUGGCAAUCUUCAUACCGACGGGAAGCUCACGGGAUGGUCUGACGUUGAGAUGAUCUCCUCCGUCACCGGUUCAUCUGUUUCUUCCAAGCAGUUAGAAAUGCCGUCCUAUUGGACCGAGAACCUGGUAUCACCUGUACAAUUUACAUCUGCACUUCUAAAGAUGUGUAACGAAAGUGGUAUCGCUUUCGAUGACUUGAUCGAAAUCGGUCCACAUUCUGCCAUGCAAAGCGCCGUCAAUGAAACCCUUCAGAAUACUUUAUCCGCUGGAAGCUUGUAUCAUGCUACGGUCAAACGGAAAACCCCGAGCGCGGGACCAAUCAUCGAAACAGCGGGUGCUCUGUGGUGCAGAGGACAUCAUAUCUGUCUAGAUGAAGUAAACGAAAUUGAGCCGAAAACGACACGCAUGCUCUCGGAUCUUCCUCCAUACAAAUUCAGUCAUGAGUCAAACUUCUUGCUUGAAAGUCGCUUGAGCUCUAAUUAUCGCUACCGUCAAUUUCCUCGCAUGGAUCUCAUAGGAGCGCCAGUUCCUGAUUGGGACUCCGAGCAUCCUAAGUGGAGACAGUUCUUCCGUACCAAGGAGAUUCCCUGGAUCAUGGAGCACAAGAUUACUGGACAAAUUGUAUGUGCUGGGGCGGGAUGGGUGGUUAUGGCAAUCGAAGGCGCGAAGCAACUUGCAGACCCGGCCCUCAAAGUGACAGGAUUCCGUUUACGUGACGUAGCACUCAAAUCAACUUUGAUUGUCCCUGAAACGGAUGAUGGUGUUGAAGUGACGAUGAGUAUGCAGUGGAUGCCCGAUAGUAGUGAGACUGUCUCCAAGAUUUGGAGAGAAUUUACGAUCAUGUCACACGAUGAGGAAUCCAAUACAUGGCGUGUACAUGCAAAGGGCUUGAUAUCCAUCGAAUAUGAGCAGUCUACCAAAAGUAUCGACAAGGAUAAUAAAAUGCAAGCAGAGGAUGCCGCCGCUAGACGACUUUUGGCUCGGGUAACAGAGAACUGCAAGAUUGACGUGGAUUCGGAUUGGGUCUACGGCAUGUUUAGAGCAGCCGGUUUUGACUUCAAAGCGCGCUACAAAAACUUGAGUGACAUUUCAAUAAGUGAAGGGCCGGAUUGCUAUGAUGUGCUGGGAGUGGUGCGAAAUCCAGAUUUGACUUCUGUAACCGCCGCAGGAUAUGUAUAUCCCCAUACAUACCAUACUGUUGCUUUAGACUCAGUGAUACACAUGGGGUUGCCGACAAUAUUGGCUAAGCUCGGGAAUGGUACUGUACCAUCACCUACAAUCCCAGGCUGGUUCGACGAAGUAUGGAUCUCUGCGAAUAUCAGUAGCCGUGCAGGUGACGCGCUCAAAUUAUGCAUGCAUCAGUACAAGGACUUUUGGCAUGGCUUGAGAAAUGAUAUCGUCGGCUUCGACGAACAUAACUCAGAACGACAACUACAUAUCAAAGGUCUGAAAUAUCAUACUGUUCCCGGUCGACAGCUAUCCUCUACAUUGGAGCCUUGUCACCAAAUUACGUGGAAACCAGUCCUGGACCUGAAAAAUACCGAUGAUCUGACAUUGACCAAAAUGGCUACGAAGCUGCUGGUUGUCAAACUUCCCGAGACCAAGCAGUCUGAGUUCUGUCAGCUGCUUGCCAAACUAUUUACUAAAGAAGCAGGUACUGAAAACUGUGAGAUAACCCCUUUGGAGCAGAUCAAGGAAUUCGAUCUAUCUGAUCUCACUUGCAUUGUCUUAUCUGAUGGAGAAACCGCAUCUUUGAUUGAAACGGAUGAGAAGACCUUUGACCACUUGAAGUACAUUGUCACGGUUUCUCCUCGUAUUUUCUGGGUUUCUUCGGACUCUUCUAGGCCGCAAUGGGCCAUUGCUAGCGGAUUUCUGAGAACGGCAAGAUGGGAGAAGGGCGGUUCAGAUACUGACUUCUCAAUCUUGAACAUCGUGCGGUCAGGAAAUGAUGAGCUUGAUAGUACGCAUGCCCAACGAGUUUUCAACUAUCACUUCUCUGAUGGUAGAGCUAUUCCAAAUGCCGACUACGAACUUCGCAGUGGUACAAUAUGGUCAAAUCGGAUAUCCGAGUUUGAUGAAGUCAAUGAAUUCCGCCGAAAGCAUACAUUUCCUGGUAGCCAAAUAAUUCUGGGUCCAUUCAGAAGCAAUACGAAGCGUAGUUUGAGGCUCAAAGCUCAAACUCCAGGCCGACUGGAAACUCUCCAUUUUGUGGACGACGUGGACGCCACAAAGCCUCUUGCUGCCGAUGAGGUUGAAGUAAAAGUCGCUGCAGCCGGCUUGAAUUUCCGAGACGUUGUUGUCGGCCUCGGCGAACAGACCGAGGAUGUCUACGGUAUCGAAGGGGCAGGUUGGAUCACUGAAGUUGGCUCUGAUGUGACAGGAAUCAAAGUUGGGGACCGAGUUGCUGGUGUAUGGAGCAGAGAAAGAGGUUAUAUGAGAUCGUCUUGCAAGGUACAUCAUGCGCUAGCAACGAAAAUUCCCGACGACAUGUCAUUCGAAGCGGCAGCCGCCAUCCCCAUGAAUCUCAUUACGGCUAUCUAUUCUCUCCGUGAGCUGGCACAUCUCACUUCUGGUGAGAAGGUUCUUAUUCAUAGUGGAGCAGGAGGAACUGGCCAAGCUGCGAUUCAAUACGCACAAAUGGUCGGUGCUGAAGUGUUCACCACGGUAUCCACCGAAGAAAAAAGACAGCAUAUCGUUGAGAACUACGGAAUUUCAGCAGAUCAUAUAUUUUCAAGUCGAACGUUGGAUUUCGAUACUCUGAUCAUGGAGGCCACUAAUGGCCGUGGAGUCGAUGUGGUGCUUAAUUCUUUAGCGGGUGAAGCACUUCGCAGGUCACUGGAUUGUGUGGCACCACUGGGCAGAUUUGUUGAACUUGGCAAGAAAGAUAUUUAUGCCAACGGCCGCUUGCAUAUGAAAGCCCUGAAAAAGAGCAUCGCAUUUUUCUCCGUGGAUAUAUUGACGCUAUUCAAGCAUCGUGAGAGCUAUUCCGGCGAGCUCCUAGCAGAAGCUAUCGACAUGCUUUACAAGGGGACCAUUAGACUCCCACCCGUACUGGAAGUAUACAGCUUCUCGGACAUUCUACCUGCCUUCCGCAAACUUCAGACAGGAAACAUGAUGGGAAAGAUCGUGCUUACUGCUUCAGACAAUGAUAUGGUUCCAACUGCAAUGGAGGCCCCUAAGCCAUUUUCUUUCCGCGGAGAUGUGUCGUACAUCAUCUCAGGAGGUCUACGAGGAGUCGGAAAGGUUAUUGCUCAAUGGAUGGUCUCGCACGGAGCAAGAAACCUCAUUCUUCUUUCCCGAUCGGGUGUGCACUUACCGGAAACGAAAGCCUUCGUGGAGCGGCUCCGGCUUGGAGGAUGCAGAGUCGUAUCUGACGCCUGCGAUAUUGCCAGUGAAAACGAUCUGCGCCGGCUCCUUGAAUCCUGUAAGGACAUGCCACAGAUUAAUGGCUGCAUUCAAAGUGCAAUGGUACUAAGGGAUAAAUCCAUCCUUAAUAUGAAUCACGAAGACUGGAUAGCGGCAAUUCGUCCCAAGGUAAAUGGGUCUUGGAAUUUGCAUAAUCUACUACCACGCGACCUUGACUUCUUUGUCAUGCUCUCCUCCAUCACAGGCGUCGUCGGCAACCACGGACAAGCUAAUUAUGCAGCCGGUAAUACAUUUCAAGACGAACUUGCUCGUUAUCGGGUCUCCCAAGGUUUGCGAGCAACAAGUCUGGAUCUCAGUGCAAUAUCUGGAGUGGGAUGGAUUGCUGAGCACUCUAAUAUCGAUACACUUUUAAGAGGAGCUGCCUUUCAGCAAUUGAAAGAAGAAGAUAUUUUCACAGUCUUGCAAUAUGCCUGUGAUCCAGAAAACACAGCUACGUCAGUUAGUGGUACAGUUGGUGAGAAGGAAAAUGACGAUAGCCGUCGCGUUAAGAUGGACCAAAGCGAGAUCAUCGUCGGUAUGGACAAUGCAGCUGCGAUCCGUCGUAAAGCAAUGGCCAAGCCUGCAUAUCUGGAUCAUGCAUUGUUUUCAAGUAUUCUCGAAGAAUACAACGCAAUUGGUGACACUAAUACGGGCGACGGCGAAGGCGUAAGGAGUCUUGCGAAUAGUCUUUCUGCUUGCAGUUCCAUUGCCUUUGCCACUGAACUAAUCAUAGAAGCCAUCAAGCAAAAGCUUGCAGAUCUCAUCUCAACACCUGCGGAGGAUAUCGAUGACAGGAAAACUUUCAGUAGCUAUGGAGUCGACUCAUUGGUGGCCGUCGAGUUUCGUUCGUGGCUAGGUGCAGAGGUCGCCUCUGAUAUUGCGGUGUUGGAGAUCAUUGGAUCAAGAAGUAUCAGAACGAUUGCGACUAAAGUCGCCACUACAAGCAGCUUGGUAAACGUGCAAGAAGCUAUGGAGAGUUGA